CAAUCCUCUUCCAAUGGCUGACGAUUGCGAUAGGCUCGACUAUAGCCUCGCUUGACAGCAAGGAUUUAGUGGGUGCGAGAUUUAAAAUCCAUACGAAGUACUUUGCAUAUGUUACGCUAUUCCAGCGAUCCUUAUUGACUUCCCAGCUUUCUCGUCUGCAACUAAAUUGGAACAUGUUCGUGCGGAGUACUCCGUAUCGUGGCGCAGCUGAAUGCCUGCCUUGGCCUGACUUCGUGUGUGUGUAUGGAAAAUGUGGAACUGGACUUUUUUUUACACUUGCUAGCGAGAAUCCUUUGCAUUUGAUGCAACUUGACUGUCUAGUCGUGCAACCGAUCCAGUUCAAAGUGUAUCAAUGCCUCGAGUGGUGCCACGAUCCGGUUUCUCAUUGCCUUCUACUGGAAAGGGUCAUACAAGCAUUACCGCCGGUACACAGCGGCGAUUUUCACAAAUUGAGUUUGCAUUCGAGGCUGCCAUGUUCUUUCUUAGGCCAUUAUCUAAGCGACGUGAUGCCCGACAACAAACUUUCCUCGGGAGCUCCGAACGCCAGGCUUCAUCUGGAAAUGGAUUUGAGACUGGUUUUACUUUGGAGACUUCCGAAUCUUUCAUCCUUCGGUUGUCUUGUGAUAAUGACAAUCGGUGAGCGCUCAGCUAACGCAAGGAGCGAGGAUUGCGAUGCCUGAGUAUAAACAAGGCAACCAUGUGCACCAUGGUCAGUUCGGAAGCUGAACUGGUAAGAGUCUUUUUCCUUUUCUUUAUUUCUUUCUUUCUCGCUGUGCGUUCACAGGACGCCCGCAAGUGCGGACCUCGGUUCGGCUUGUUGUUCGCCAUUCGCAUCUGAUACUCCUCGCUACUUUGUCUGACACGUCGCCCCGCCUGUUGGUCAACGUUUGACCCUCGUAUGACCGGGGGAGGAGGAGUGGCUUGUCUCCUUGGUAUUUCCGAAGAACUUAGCCCAGGAAUGAACCCAGCGAUCAAUCUAAUUCAAUGAG